AUCACUUCAUUCACUUGUCAUCAACUACACAGUUAAACCGCCCAUUUUGCACCUUAGUUACACUAGUUGACACCAGAUCAAAGGCACUUUGUAGCACCUUCACUGUGAACAAAGGACAUCACCCUGACACCUCGCGCUUUUGAGGCUCCAGUGCACUAAAGUCAGUUGAUCCCGGAGAUUUGAGGUCACUACGAGCAUAUGACUACGAGGAUUUACUCAAAGCCGGGGUAUUUUACACCAAUACGAGAAUGAGUUCCCAGGAAAAAGAGCCAGGACACAACCACUUGGACACAACCAGGAAGAAGAUGUAAUAAUUGUACAUAAAAUAAAAAUGGCAACAGUUCCUGGGGAAAAAGGCGAUGGAUGGGAGGAACUAGCUGUCCCACCAGAAGUUGUGUUAGGUAACCAGUCUUCAGAUGGCAAGUUGCAAGAGGAAUCUGUCAAUUCUGACACUGUUGAAGUCACUGACGAUGCGGGCUCCACCAUGAUGAAGGAACCCACCUCAAAGACAUUAUUAUGUGGUUAUCUUGAAAAAUUGGGAGAAAAAGCAAUUAUCAAAAUGUGGAAGAGAAGAUGGUUUGUUUUUCAACCUCGUUCAUGUUUGCUGUAUUACUAUAGAAAUCCUGAUGACGCAACAGCUUUGGGACAUAUUAAUAUCAGUGAUGCAACAUUUGCCAUGAACAUUUCCUCAGGAAGAAUGGACCAAUUUGAUAUUUGCACUGCCAACAGAGUCUACAAUCUAAAAGCCCCAGAUCAACAGACAGCUCUUUAUUGGUUGCAAAAACUUCAGGCUAAAAGACGAGAAUACAGCAAGAAGAUAACUGCACUAUGUCACAGUGGUGUAGAAGCAGUUCCUGAACCAGUAGAAUCUCCAGGUCUCAUUGCCACAGUUGCUUCAGGGAGUUUCAGAGAGAGUGAUGAUGAAAUAAUUGACUCAAUCCCAAUGCCAGACACUGUUGGUGUAGAGGCUGCAAAGAGAUUAACAGAGGGUGGAAAAUAUGGCAAGAUAUUUAAAAAUAUUGCAAACAAACGUUAUUCUAUGUUCGACUCAGUGGAGAACAGUGAUGCAGACACUGUUGUAAGGAGUUCAUCUAUAUCUGAUGAUACACCAAGCAAACGUUUGAUUAAUUCAAGAAAGAGGUUUUCAAUGCGUAGUGGAUUUAAUAUGUCUGUGGAUAAAACACAAACAGAUUGCCCACAGUGUCACAAGCUCAAACAACAGCUUAAAGAUUGUGGUGAUAAACUUGAAGAAGCGAACGAGGAUGCUAAAGCAAGAGAAGAAGCUAUUAAUUCUUUGAAUGAAUUUAUCAGGCAAACUGUUCUUGAAAGAACCUCAAGCCAGGAGGACUCGUCAACCACCAGUCAUGAUACUAGUGACAAUCAACUGUACAUAAAAAGGCUGGAGAAAAAAAUGAGAGAACAAAACGAUAAACUAGCGAACUAUGAAAAAGAAAUAGCCAUGUUGAAAGAAGUGAUCUCCAGUAAGGAUGAGAUUGUCAUGAAAACCACAAAUGAGCUGGCGACAGUGUCGGUUUCAGAAGAGACAAGCAAACGAAAAUCCUCGGAAUCCGAGCUUACGCAGUCGCCUGACAAAAAUAGUGCAUUCUCAAGUUUAGGAAGCAGUGACGAUGCCUUCCGAUCGUUUCUUCAUCAUAUCGAGGCUCUCGAAACGGACAAAGAGAAAGUUGAUAAACUAAAGGAAGCUUUGCGGGCAUACAUUGCUCAAAAUAACUUCUUGAAUAGUGAAGUUGUGGAAAUGAAUGAACUCAGGAAGAAUGACACGGAAAGGAUUCGUAGUUACAUCAUCAAAAUUCAAACACAAGAGGCUAAUUUAUGUAAAAUAAAGAGCAAGUUUUAUUUUCUUGUUCAACAAGUGAAUGCUCCAGUCAAAGACGGUCAAACUGGUGUUGUUUCUGAUGAAAUAAUUACACAGUUGGUCGACGAGGCGAUAGAGAUUGAAUCACAAACGAAGACGAAUGAGGAAGGAAGUCAAGCUGCUUUUGAUCAGUACGGUUUCUACACGAAGCUUGACCGAGGUGAUGACGAUGCCUUGGCGACCGUUGCCGACAAGCUAAAUAGACAGGUGAAUGUUGUGAACGACGAUGUUCGUAAGACGUCUUUGAAGGUAAAAUGGGAAAAUUACAUGAUGGCGAAUAGAAAUAAAGAAUUUCAAAAAUCGCCCGAAUUAAAGGGUCUGAUCCGAGCCGGCGUUCCCCAUGAUCUUCGUGCCAAACUCUGGAUGAAAUGUGUCAACUCUCACGUGAAACCCACGAAGCGUAUCUCAGGUACUGGGUACUACAAACGGUUGCUUGCGUCAAAGAAGGAUACUUUCUGUCCUGCCGAGAAACAAAUUGGCCUGGAUUUAUUAAGAACCUUGCCGAAUAAUAAAUAUUAUGAUAAACAGAACGCUGAUGGGAUUGAUCAACUGCGUCGUGUUUUAUUGGCAUUUAGUUUACACAACAAGGAAAUUGGUUAUUGCCAGGGUCUCAACCGUUUGGCAGCCAUUGCUCUUCUUUAUCUGAGUGAAGAGGAGUCAUUUUGGGCACUCGUCGCUCUAGUUGAGUAUGUGAUGCCUCAAAACUAUUACAACCAAACGUUGCUUGCUUCACAAGCCGACCAGCGAGUUUUGAAGGACAUUCUGGCGGAGAAAAUACCGAAAGUCACGGAUCAUUUGGAUAAACUAAAUAUCGAUCUUUCAUUGGUUACAUUCAACUGGUUUCUCACAGCGUUUGUCGACAGUGUUCCAAUCGAGAUUGUUUUGCGUAUUUGGGACUCUCUACUUUACGAAGGAACGAAGAUUUUGUUUCGUUUUGCUGUGGCGAUAUUUUACGUCAACGAGGCAGAAAUUCUCAAAAUAACGGAAAACAUGAAAAUGUUCACAUUUCUACGGAAUAUGCCAUCGCAGAUUCUAAACUACGACAAGUUCUUUCAGACUGCGUUUCAGACCGUCAAUCCAUUCCCCAUGCAAAAGAUUACGUCAUUACGGGUACAACAUCUUGCAGCUCUCAAGGGUGAGUUGGAGGAACUUGAGCGUGCUCGACGAGCAUACGAUGAAAGAAAACCGAACUCAAAUGAUGACUUGGCUGAAUCAUGACAUGAGGUAGUCUUCAUUUAUUAUGUUAUACUCUCCCAGCUGUGGUCAGAGCAGUGGCCUGGGGGGCAUUUCUGGGCCCGUUCGUUGAGGGAGAAUUCUGCAAAUAGUUACUAUUGCAGUAUGAUUUGAUUGCAAACAAUUUAGAAUAUAUAACAAGCAACCAAGCACCUAGGGAAACGUUUUAUGACAUUGAAACUUAUAUGUAUUUUACUAGGGGGUUAAUGGCACAUAUAAUAUAAUACAAUUUUAUGGAAUAAAUUAUCAAAUAUUGGAUAUAUAAUGCACCAUAUAAUCUUGUUGAUGAAUAACGAACUAAAACGUUUUAAGCGAUGUUUUUA